CAAAAAAAAAUGGUUAUCUCUUUGAACUCAUGCCUGAGCUUUAUCUGUUUCUCAUUAUGCCUCUGGAGCAGGACAGCAUCAUCCCUGAAUCUUGAAGACCCUAAUGUGUGCAGCCACUGGGAAAGCUACUCAGUGACUGUGCAAGAGUCAUACCCACAUCCCUUCGAUCAAAUCUACUACACCAGCUGCACUGACAUUCUGAACUGGUUUAAAUGCACACGGCACAGAAUCAGUUAUCGGACAGCCUAUCGGCAUGGGGAGAAGACUAUGUAUAGACGCAAAUCCCAGUGUUGUCCUGGAUUUUAUGAAAGCAGGGAAAUGUGUGUCCCCCACUGUGCUGAUAAAUGUGUCCACGGUCGCUGCAUUGCUCCAAACACCUGUCAGUGUGAGCCUGGCUGGGGUGGGAUCAACUGCUCCAGUGCCUGUGAUGGUGACCACUGGGGACCCCACUGCAGCAGCCGAUGCCAGUGCAAAAAUGGGGCUCUGUGCAACCCCAUCACGGGGGCUUGCCACUGCGCCGCAGGCUUCCGGGGCUGGCGUUGCGAGGACCGCUGUGAGCAGGGCACCUACGGUAAUGACUGUCACCAGAGAUGCCAGUGUCAGAAUGGAGCCACCUGCGACCACAUCACGGGGGGAUGCCGCUGUCCACCAGGCUACACUGGAGCCUUCUGUGAGGAUCUUUGUCCCCCUGGCAAGCAUGGUCCACAGUGCGAGCAGAGAUGUCCCUGUCAAAAUGGAGGAGUCUGUCAUCACGUCACUGGAGAAUGCUCUUGUCCUGCCGGCUGGCUGGGCACAGUGUGUGGUCAGCCUUGCCCCGAGGGUCGCUUCGGAAAGAACUGUUCACAAGAAUGUCAGUGCCAUAAUGGAGGGACGUGUGAUGCUGCCACAGGCCAAUGUCACUGCAGUCCCGGAUACACAGGGGAACGGUGCCAGGACGAGUGUCGUGUUGGCACAUACGGAGUUCGCUGUGCUGAGACCUGCCAGUGUGUCAACGGAGGGAAAUGCUAUCACGUGAGCGGCUCAUGCCUCUGCGAAGCGGGUUUUGCUGGUGAGCACUGUGAGGCACGCCUGUGUCCAGAAGGGCUCUACGGCAUCAGAUGUGACAAGCGGUGUCCCUGCCACCUGGACAACACUCAUAGCUGUCACCCCAUGUCUGGAGAGUGUGCCUGCAAGCCGGGCUGGUCAGGACUCUACUGCAAUGAGACAUGUUCUCCUGGAUUCUUCGGGGAAGCUUGCCAGCAGAUCUGCAGCUGCCAAAACGGGGCUGACUGUGACAGUGUGACCGGGGAGUGCACCUGUGCCCCAGGAUUCAAAGGAAUUGACUGCUCUAUCCCGUGCCCGCUGGGAACCUAUGGAAUAAACUGCUCCUCUCUCUGUGGCUGUAAGAACGACGCUGUCUGCUCACCUGUAGAUGGGUCUUGUACUUGCAAGGCAGGCUGGCACGGGGUGGACUGCUCCAUCAGCUGCCCCAGCGGCACUUGGGGCUUUAGCUGUAACCUGACCUGCCAGUGUCUCAACGGGGGAGCCUGCAACACCCAGGACGGGACCUGCACGUGCGCACCCGGGUGGCGUGGGGAGAAGUGUGAGCUCCCCUGCCAGGAUGGCACGUAUGGGCUGAACUGUGCGGAGCGCUGUGACUGUAGCCACGCCGAUGGCUGUCACCCCACGACAGGCCACUGCCGCUGCCUCCCGGGAUGGUCAGGCGUCCACUGUGACAGCGUGUGUGCUGAGGGGCGCUGGGGCCCCAACUGCUCUCUGCCCUGCUACUGUAAAAACGGGGCUUCGUGCUCCCCGGACGACGGCAUCUGUGAGUGUGCGCCAGGGUUCCGAGGCACCACUUGUCAGAGAAUCUGCUCCCCUGGUUUCUAUGGGCAUCGCUGCAGCCAGACGUGCCCACAAUGUGUGCAUAGCAGUGGGCCCUGCCACCACAUCACGGGCCUGUGUGACUGCCUACCUGGCUUCACAGGUGCCCUCUGCAAUGAAGUGUGUCCCAGUGGCAGAUUUGGGAAAAACUGCGCAGGAGUUUGUACCUGUACCAACAAUGGAACCUGUAACCCCAUUGACCGAUCUUGUCAGUGUUACCCGGGUUGGAUUGGCAGUGACUGCUCUCAACCUUGUCCACCUGCGCACUGGGGCCCGAACUGCAUCCACACAUGCAACUGCCACAACGGAGCUUUCUGCAGCGCCUACGACGGGGAAUGUAAAUGCACUCCCGGCUGGACGGGGCUCUACUGCACUCAGAGAUGUCCUCUGGGGUUUUAUGGAAAGGACUGUGCGUUGAUAUGUCAGUGUCAAAAUGGAGCUGACUGUGACCACAUCUCGGGACAGUGCACCUGCCGCACAGGCUUCAUGGGGAAGCACUGCGAACAGAAGUGCCCUGCAGGAACGUAUGGCUACGGCUGUCGCCAGAUAUGUGACUGUCUGAACAACUCCACCUGUGACCACAUCACCGGCACCUGUUACUGCAGCCCAGGCUGGAAGGGGGCACGAUGCGAUCAAGCCAGUGUCAUCAUAGUUGGAAAUCUGAACAGCUUAAGCAGGACCAGUACAGCUCUCCCGGCUGAUUCCUACCAGAUCGGUGCGAUCGUGGGCAUCAUCAUUCUUGUGCUUGUGGUUCUCUUCCUGCUGGCCUUGUUCAUUAUUUAUAGACAAAAGCAGAAGGGAAAGGAAUCGAGCAUGCCAGCAGUAACCUACACCCCUGCUCUGAGGGUCAUGAAUGCAGACUAUGCCAUUUCAGAAACCCUUCCCCACAGCAACGGGGGAAGUGCGAACAGCCAUUACUUCACCAACCCCAGUUACCACACGCUUACCCAGUGCGCCACAUCCCCUCAUGUCAACAACAGGGACAGGAUGACCAUCGCCAAGUCGAAGAACAAUCAGCUGUUUGUGAAUCUGAAAAAUGUGAAUCCUGGGAAGAGAGGACAAGUGGCGGACUGCACGGGAACGCUGCCGGCAGACUGGAAACAUGGUGGCUACCUCAAUGAGCUUGGAGCUUUUGGACUUGACAGAAGUUAUAUGGGAAAAUCCUUGAAAGAUUUGGGCAAGAAUUCUGAAUAUAAUUCAAGUAACUGCUCCCUAAGCAGUUCUGAAAAUCCAUAUGCCACUAUUAAAGACCCACCUGUACUUAUCCCGAAAAACUCAGAGUGUGGCUAUGUGGAGAUGAAGUCGCCAGCACGGAGAGAUUCCCCCUAUGCAGAGAUCAAUAACUCAACUUCAGCCAACAAGAAUGUCUAUGAAGUUGAACCUACAGUGAGUGUUGUCCAAGGAAUAUUCAGCAAUAAUGGGCAUCUCACCCAGGAUCCAUACGACCUCCCAAAGAACAGUCACAUCCCUUGCCAUUAUGACCUGCUGCCAGUCCGAGACAGUUCCUCCUCCCCCAAGCGAGAGGACAGUGGCAGCAGCAGCAGCAGCAGCAGCAGCAGCGAAUGACACCAAAGGACGGCUCGGUAGCCGCUGGAACA